AUGGACGCGGUGUUCAAGAGCGAUGCGAGCGAUAAGCCGCACCGCGCGCCGCGCGCGGGGGCGAAGCGCGAGAAGAAGGCGCUGACGGCGAAGACGAAGCGGGCGCGGCGGGACGGCGGCGGCGGCGGGGACGACGCGACGACGCGCGGUGGGAACAAUCCGCGGGCGUUCAUAUUCAGCGGGGCGAGAAAGGCGAAGCGGGCGCGGACGGUGGCGAUCGAGAAGGCGGAGCGGAAGCUCCGGGCGCCGGUGCGAGAGCUGGGGGGGGGGGAGGAGGCGCCGCCGUUCGUGGUGUGCGUGCAGGGACCGCCGGGGGUGGGGAAGACGACGCUCGUGCGAUCGCUGGUGAAGCACUACACGAGACACGCGCUGAAUGAGAUCAAAGGACCGCUGACGCUGGUGACGGGGAAGAAGCGGAAGAUACAGAUCAUGGAGGUGAAGAACGACCUGAACGAUAUGGUGGACGCGGCGAAGGUGGCGGAUUUGGUGUUGUUGCUCGUGGACGGAUCGUUCGGAUUCGAGAUGGAGACGUUUGAGUUUUUAAACGUGCUGCAGGUGCAUGGGUUUCCUCGAGUCAUGGGCGUGCUGACGCAUCUCGACGAGUUUCACGACGUGAAGAAGUUGAAGAAGACGAAGAAGUUGUUGAAGCAUCGCUUUUGGACGGAGAUUUACGACGGCGCCAAGUUGUUUUACAUUUCUGGCUUAUCGAAUGGGCGAUAUAAUCUCAGGGACACGAUGAACUUGGCGCGAUUCAUCUCGACGGCGAAGACCAAACCGUUGAUUUGGCGAACGUCGCAUCCAUACGUCGUGGGUGACCGUUUCGAGGACAUCACAAAGCCAGAGCUCGUGCACGACAAUCCCGUGUGCGAUCGCGAGGUGGCGCUGUAUGGGUACUUGCACGGAUGCAACCUAAAGCACGGACAGCUCGUGCACGUUGCAGGGGUUGGGGACAUGGCGGUGAAAGAAAUCGCGCAAUUGCCCGAUCCGUGUCCGCUGCCGAGCAAGGAGAGAAAGCAGCGAAAAUUGGACGAAAAGCAAAAGCUCAUUUACGCCCCGAUGAGCGACGUCGGUGGUUUAUUGUACGAUAAAGACGCGGUAUACAUCAGUGUCGACGACAAACAAAUGAACUUCUCAAAGCGCCAGCUUCGUGAAAAACUUCUCGCGGAAGGGCGUCCGUUGCCAGAUGAACACGCGGUGGAUUUCGGCGUGGAGAUGGUGCACGGUUUGCAGGACACGCGCAUCUCCGUCGACGAGAAGCUUCGGAACAGCGAAAUAUCGCUCUUCAAAGGAAGUAAAGCGUUGAAAGGGGAAGAUUUUCAGAAGAAAGACGCAUUCGACGUGGACUCGGACGAUGGAGAUUCCGAGGGUGAUUCGAGCGAUGAGGACGACUCGGACGACGAGAGCGAUAAUGGUAGCGACGGCGAAGACGUCGACUUUCCUUCGAGAAAGCAGAAAGCAGGCGACGGUAGAACGCGUCGCGCCGCUGACUUUGACGAAGAACCCGAGAGAGGAUACGAAGACGUCGACAGCGAGGAUGAGGAUGAGGAGGGUGAGGAUGAGGAAGACGACAACGAAGGUCUCGGUCGCGGCGCGUCCAAGUGGAAAGAAAUGAUGCAAGGGUACAAACGCGAGAAGACUCUUAUGGAGCUCAUCUACGACGAUACCACGGGCACGACGCGCGGCGAGCGCGUGAAUGAGUCCGGAUCCGAUUCCGACUCCGAAUCAGACUUGUUUAGAAAGCAAGAAGAUUCCGAUUCAAAGAUGGACACACUCGAUUCGUUUGAUCGAACCAAAUUCUUACCCGAAGUCCGCUCUGGUUUGGAUCUCGACGAUCCAGCACUUAGAAAUCGAUUCGUCACCGGUGAUUGGGACGCGGCCAAGGCGCGAAGUGAGGCGCAACCGCGAGAUGAGAACGAAGACGGCGACGAGGACGAAGUCUUUGGCGACUUUGAAGACUUAGAGACGGGUGAAAAGUUUGGACCCGCGAAACGACUCGAAGAGAAGCGAGCGAAACACGAGGAGUUCGUAUCAGAAGGUGGUGAAAAGUCGGUGAAUAAAAAGAGUCCAAAUUACGUCGACCCAGACGGUCCAUCGUCGUACUUCGAGUUGGUGAAGAAUCAAAUGAAGGAAGAGACGGCGCGGUCGCGAUCUAUUUUGGACACUCUACCCGAUCACACGCGGCAAGCGAUGGAAGGUUUCCGCCCAGGAGCGUAUCUCCGAAUCGUCCUCGCCAGGGCGCCGUGCGAGUGGGUGGAAAACUUUGACCCCACGCGUCCAAUCGUCAUUGGUGGUAUUCUCCCCGGCGAGGAAAUCAUGGGUCUUCAACAACUUCGGCUCAAGAAGCAUAGGUGGCAUCGCAAGACGCUGAAAAAUCGUGACCCACUCAUUUUUUCUGUCGGCUGGAGACGAUUCCAAAGCAUUCCGGUGUACUCGAUGAUGGACGCGAAUUCUCGUCAUCGCAUGAUCAAGUACACACCCGAUCACAUGCACUGUUAUGCAACAUUUUACGGACCUUUGAAUCCGCAAAAUACUGGGGUGAUUGCGUUCCAAAGCUUGACGUCAUCGCAGGCGAGCUUCAGAAUUGCGGCGACGGCGACGGUGCUCGAGUUUGAUCACUCGAUUAAAAUCGUUAAGAAGCUCAAACUCGUCGGCACGCCGACGAAGGUGUUCAAGAACACCGCCUUCAUCUCUGGUAUGUUCAAUUCUUCCUUAGAAGUCAGCCGAUUUGAGGGUGCUGCGCUUCGAACGGUCUCAGGUAUCAGAGGUACGAUUAAGAAAGCCGUCAAGCCGGGUGAGGGAACGCACGGAUCAAAGGAUGGUGGCAUGAAGGAGGGUAGUUUCCGCGCCUCGUUUGAGGAUAAGCUUCUCUUAUCGGACAUUAUCUUCUUACGCACGUGGACCAAGGUGGAUGUGCCGAAAUUCUACAACCCAGUCACGUCGGGCAUGAUGAAGGACACGAAGGAAUGGCGAGGCAUGAAAACCGUCGGUCAACUCCGGUUUGAGAAAUCGAUGCCGAUUCCCGUCAAUCCCGAUUCCAUUUACAAGCCAAUCGAGCGACAAAAACGCGUGUUCAACAAACUGCAAGUUCCAAAAGCGCUUCAGCAAGCGUUACCUUUCAAGUCGAAGCCGAAGUUGGAGAAGGCUCGAACGCGGGAGACGCUCGAGCAGCGGCGCGCCGUCGUUCAAGACAAGGAGGAGAACAAACUCGCCACCAUGGUGCAGCAACUCAACACUAUUCGCAACGAAAAGCUCGCGAAGCGCGAACAACAACAAGCCGCGCGUCGCGCCGCUCGCGCGAAAGCACAAAAGAUCGAGGACGAGUGGCGUGGACAGCUCAAGAAGGACAAUCUCAAACGAGCGUAUCGCGAAAAAGGCAAAGCCGAGGCGGCGCAGGCGCGCGCGAGAGAGGGCGGCGGCAAGUUUGCGAAGAAGCGCAAGAAAUCGUAA